AUGAUGAUGAUGUCUCUGAACAGCAAGCAGCAUUUUGCUAUGGCCCACACCAGCUUGCCCGAACCGAAGUAUUCGUUGCAUUCCUCCUCAUCCUCCACUUUGACUUCCAAUGCACCUUCAUCCUGCUCGUCCUCCCGACACAGCAACACCAUCAUCAGCAGCAGCAGCGGCGGCAGCUCGGAGGCGAUGCGGCGAGCCUGUCUCCCAACCCCACCGAGCAAUAUAUUCGGAGGCUUGGAUGAGAGUUUGUUGGCCCGGGCUGAAGCUCUAGCGGCGGUGGAUAUAGUCUCGCAGACCAAGAGCCACCACCACCCUCCACAUCACAGUCCCUACAAGCCGGACGCAACCUACCACACCAUGAACACUCUCCCCUGCACCUCGUCUUCCUCCUCCUCCUCGGUGCCUAUUUCUCAUCCGUCCGCCUUGUCUGGCCACCACCAUCACCACCACCAUCACCACCACCACCAGCCCCACCAGGCACUGGAGGGGGACCUGCUGGACCACAUCACGCCGGGACUGGCACUAGGAGCCAUGGCAGGGCCGGAUGGCUCGGUGGUUUCCACGGCUACGCACCCUGCCCACAUGGCGGGCAUGAACCACAUGCACCAGGCAGCCAUCAACAUGGCUCAUGCCCACGGGCUACCACCGCACAUGGGCAUGAACGACGUGGACGCCGAUCCAAGGGACUUGGAAGCCUUCGCGGAGAGGUUUAAGCAGAGACGGAUCAAACUCGGGGUUACCCAGGCGGAUGUAGGGUCAGCUUUAGCCAGCCUGAAGAUUCCUGGGGUGGGCUCCCUCAGCCAAAGCACCAUCUGCCGAUUCGAGUCCCUCACGCUCUCUCACAACAACAUGAUUGCUUUGAAGCCCAUUCUGCAAGCGUGGCUAGAAGAAGCCGAGAAAUCACACAGGGAGAAACUUAAUAAACCCGAGUUGUUCAACGGCGCGGAGAAAAAGAGGAAGCGCACGUCGAUAGCCGCGCCGGAGAAGAGAUCACUGGAGGCCUAUUUUGCCAUUCAGCCACGUCCCUCCUCGGAGAAAAUCGCAGCAAUCGCAGAAAAGCUGGACCUCAAAAAGAACGUGGUGCGGGUCUGGUUUUGCAACCAGCGACAGAAACAGAAACGAAUGAAAUACUCUGCAUGCGUCUAA